CGAAUGUCUUAGGUGAAGGUCAUUAUAUUUUCGUGGAGAAAGCAGAAAGGUUGCUUUUGCUACUCGAAACACCGACAGAAUGCUGUCAGUUUGUUUCAAGAGUAUUCGGCCAGUAAACCGAAGCUGGCUGAAUUUUUCCUAUCAAUUAGUUAAUAAUUAUGCAACAGCUUCUGAAGCAUCCUUUGAGACAAAUCCAUGUAAACUACACAAGCUGGAUCAAGGACCCUCAACCAAUGUCACAGUAUCUAGAGAUGAUGCCUUAAAAUACUAUCGAGAAAUGCAAAUGAUAAGGCGUAUGGAAACUGUAGCUGGCAAUUUGUACAAAUCUAAAAUUAUUCGUGGUUUCUGCCAUCUUUAUUCUGGUCAGGAAGCUAUAUGUGUUGGCAUGGAAGCAGCCAUUAAAAAAGAAGAUGCAGUUAUUACAGCUUACAGAGCACAUGGCUGGUCCUAUAUUAGAGGGGUAUCUAUUCUAGGUGUAUUAGCUGAACUUACAGGAAGAGUAUCAGGAUGUGCUCUAGGUAAAGGUGGUUCUAUGCAUAUGUAUAAUGAUAAUUUCUUUGGUGGUAAUGGUAUUGUUGGUGCUCAGGUUCCAUUAGGUGCUGGUAUUGCCUUUGCUAAGAAAUACACCAAUGCAGAUGAGAUUUGUAUCACUCUAUAUGGUGAUGGUGCAGCUAAUCAAGGACAGUUAUUUGAGGCUUAUAACAUGGCUAAACUGUGGAAUUUACCGUGUAUAUUUGUGUGUGAGAAUAAUGGUUAUGCUAUGGGGACUAGUUUAGAUAGGUCAUCAGCUAGUACCACUUAUUAUACUAGAGGUGACUAUAUACCAGGUGUUCAGGUAGAUGGUAUGGAUGUUUUAGCUGUAAGAGAAUGUACUAAGUUUGCUCGAGAUUUUGUCUUAAAGAAUGGACCUAUAUUAAUAGAAGCUUCAACUUACAGAUACAGUGGUCACAGUAUGAGUGAUCCUGGCACUAGCUAUCGUACUAGAGAAGAAGUCCAAGAGGUAAGAGAAAGAAGAGAUCCCAUAUCAAAAUUUAAAGAGAGAAUUCAGACUUCAAACUUGGCCACACCAGAAGAGAUUAAAAAAAUAGAUCAAGAAGUCAGGAAGCUGGUAGAUGAGGCAGCAGAACAAGCUAAAACUGAUCCAGAAUUACCACUGGAAGAAUUAUAUAAUAAAAUCUACUAUCAACCACCAUCUAAUUAUAAAGUCAGAGGUUGUGAUCCCUCUAUAUUAGCUCCAUCUACAUAGUUUAUUUAUUAUAUUAGGUACAAUUAUACAGGCUAUAUUCUUGGUCAUUGUUUGUGAGUUUGUUAGAAUGUCAGGCAGUAUCUGGAAAUGAGUUUUCAGUUUUUCACUGCACAUGUAUAUAAGGUACUUGUCUAAAUACCAGUAUAUUUGCUUUGCCAUCUAAAAGAGCUCAAUUUUCUCUAUCCAUAUCACUUUUAAGAAUUAAAACUGACUUCCAGUUUCCCUAUCAUUAAACACAAAUUGCAGGAGAACCAGUUGUCAGUAUUUCAUUUUGAAAAGUAAUAAGUACAGUUAGAAAUUAGUUUUAUCUGAUAGUAAAGCAAACCUAGACAAGUAUAACCCUUUUUGGCUUGGUUUUAAAAAAACUGAUUGUCGAAAAUAACAUGGCAAACCAAUGGGAAAAUAUCAAAGUUUCUCAACAUAGAAACAAGGGUUUGUUCCAAUCAUUACAUCUUUACAAGUAUGACUUAU